CGAGUCAGGGGGACUGAUCGUCUCGGCUCAGAAAGCAUUGCUGUCUUUGACGCAUGGCAGACUGGGCCAAAGGCAGGGUGCUGAUCCACUGCAGGAUCUGAGUAGGAAACCCGGGGUGGAGGAGGCCUCCCCUUUAUUGCUCUGGGAAGGGAUGCAGAAAGAGCAGGGCAUGAAAAUAUUGCCCCUGCAUGGCGAGAAUGAAUUUCACGCCCCUUUUUCAUCUCCAAACUUUCCCUCGAUAUCAAAUCUUUAGUGGAGACGUGCAGUGGGAACCAGGGCAACGCAAGCACACGUUAGCCAGGGCGGGGAAGCGGCUCAUCUGAAUGGCAUACUUGUCUUUCAUACAAGCUUCGUGGUUCCCCAGGUGAACUGUAUACUCCGUUGCUGGUAGCUGGUUGUGUGUGCCUGUGUGGGGAUAGUGGCCUACUUUGCUGGUGGUGGAAAGUGCCAUUAAGUCAUAGCUGACUUAUGGCCACCUCUGCUGCAGUUUUCACGGCAAGAGACUGAUGGAGGUGGUUUGCCAUUGGCUGCCUCUGCAGCCCUGGUCUUUUUUGGAGGUCUCCCAUCCAAUUACUAACCAAGGCUGACCCUGCUUAGCUUCUAAGAUCUGUUGAGAUCAAGUUUGCCUAGGCUGCCCAGGUCAGGGUGGCGUAUUUUACAGAGGCUAAAUGAAUUGGGCAGAGAACCAUUUUUGGCACCCUGUGAAGUAGAGAGGUGUGAAUAUUUCUAACCGUAUCAAGAGAUCUACUUAUUUAGAAGAGGAUACUUUCUCCCUUUAGUCUCUGAUGUCACCAUGCUGACAUCACCUGUGUUUUGAAUUCCCCAUCAUGUUUUUUUCUUGGGGGAUGGACUGUUUUUAUUUUCGUGUGUUCCAUAGCUAGGGUGUAGUGUGACCUGGCUGCUUUUUGUGUCAGAAGAGCGCCCAAACAUUUCUGCUUCCAUACUUCGCCCCAGGAUGUUUUCCUUGUCUUUGUAUGCCUGCAGUCUCCCAUGCACCAGUGAGCAUUCCCCACUUGGCUCAUUGGCUGCCUGCGUCACCAGGGGCAACCGGAGAACACACAAAGCUUCCGUGCAGCAGUUAGGAUUUCUAUACACACUGCCUGCCUGCUCAUUGGCUAGGGACAUCGCCCAUAGCAACAGGAAGACGCCAUGCAAAGCCUGCCCGGGUGCAGGCCAGCAUCCUCUGGGCCGGGGCUCUCCUGGACCAGGUGGUGGGACCCUCUUGAGCGGCUCUUCUCAAGGACUGCCUGGGAAGGUUAGCCAUGGCCCAGACCGGCGUGCUCCUCACCCGGGAGCCUGCUCCACAGACCGUCCCGGUCUCUGAGCUCCCGAUGAAGGUCUAUGAGGCAGCUCUCAACACCGGGCCGGAGUCUUCUUGCGGGCUGGCCACGGCGGGCUUCCGCACUGCCAAGUACCUGCCUGAGGAAUGGCACCAGAACAACUACAUCCGGUACCACGAGGCCUUUGCUGACCGCGACCACUCGGAGCGAUGCCGCCAGGAGUCCCAGAACCUGGCAGCCUACACUGCCGACUUGGCCCAGCGCACCCAGCAGGAUUCGACCACAAAAGUGGGUGAACGCCUGCAGGAUAUCCACUUCUGGAAGUCGGAGCUCCAGAAGGAGAUCGAGGACCUCACGGCCGAGACAGACUUGAUGGCUGCUCAGAAGGUGCGCCUAGAGCGGGCCCUCGACACCACUGAGACCCCCUACACUAUCACCACUGACAACCUUCAGUGUCGGGAGCGCCGGCAGCCCCCAGAUCUGGUGCGGGACCAGGUGGAGGUGGAACUGCUUAAGGAAGCCGAGCUCAUCAGAAACAUCCAGGAGCUCCUGAAGAGGACUCUGAAGCAAGCAAUUAACCAGAUGCAGUUAAACCGAGAUCACAAACAGCUCUGCGAGAUGGACUGGUCAGACAAGCUUGAAACGUACAACAUUGAUGAGAAGUGUGGUCGCUACAACAACCAGAGCACCAACAUCCAGUUCCAUCCGAGCUCGUCCAAGUUUGAGGACAGUGCUUCCACGCCAGAGACCUGGGCGAAGUACAGCCACGACAACAUCUAUCGGGCCGAGCGAGAGAGGCUGGCCUCUGUCAACCUCCGUGCGCUGAUCGACAACAUCCUCCAUGACACAGCUGAGGACCUGCGCAUGCAGUGCGACACGGUGAACGAGGCCUUUGCCAAGCGCUGCGAGGAGCUGGACGAUGCCAAGCACAAACUGGAACAUCACCUGAAGAAAACACUUAAGGAGAUCGGGGAUCAGGAGUACAACAUUGCUGCACUCAGGCAGGCCAUCAAAGAUAAGGAGUCACCCCUCAAAGUGGCUCAGACGAGACUGUAUGACCGCUCCUUUAGGCCAAAUGUUGAGCUCUGCAGAGAUGCUGCCCAGUUCAGGCUGAUCAGCGAAGUUGAAGAACUGAAUGAGUCCAUCAAGGCGCUCAAGAAGAAGCUUUUGGACGCUGAGCAGUCUUUGCGGAAUCUGGAGGACACCCGGAUGAGUCUGGAGAAGGAGAUUGCAGUGAAAACCAACAGCCUCUUCAUCGACCGGCAGAAAUGCAUGGCCCACCGUACCCGAUACCCCACCGUUCUGAGACUAGCAGGUUACCAGUAGGGACGUUGCCUCAGCUAGCGGGGUAGAUGUUAGUCACCAAGAGUCAUAGGAAUGUAACUUAUUAAGGCCCCAUAAGUAUUUAUGCUCCCAUCUCCCUCCCCUAUUCUUUUGUUGAAAUAAAAUUCAGAAGUGU